AUGACGAUCCUCGCCUUCAUUUGGUGCGCGCCGAGCCGCCGCCUCGUCGAAGAGGACCUCUGGAAGCAACUCUUGCUCGUCGACAGCUCGGUCACCAAUACACCAGGUCGUCACCCGCAGCUCGGCGACGUCCAGCAGCACAUCAAGACGUUCGAAGCGCAAAUGUACCUCGCGUCCGACACGGAGAUUGACGGGGAUGGAAAGCGCAUCAAGUUCUUUACGUACGGCGCCCGCGCGUUUGCCGAGGUGGGCAAGGUCCAGAUCCUCACCUUCAUGUGCAAGCUCAUUCACAACCGACCGCCGAGUGCAGAGAUGCUCCACGAACUCGCCAUCGAAAUGCGCAACGAGCGCGAGUGA